AUGGAUCCUGAACAAAGCCAGAAGAGCACAAAAAAGGCAGAGGAAAGUCCAAGAAAGAGGCUUCCCAAAGGAGAGGCUUUUCAAGGCAGUAUUUCAGCCACAACUACGUACCAGGGCAGCUCUGCUCCUUCCCCAGGAACUCCUCUCCGAGACAUCAUAUCGCAGCAGCACUUUUCUGGCUCUUUGCCUGGCCCAAGAGAGGAGUCUCAGGAGAAGACAGGACAUCAGAAGCAACCUAAGCCUUCCUCUUUUGAACAUCCUCCCCACAUCUCCCAGCUUCAGCAGCACUCCCUGUCACCAGCAUUUAUGUCUCCUGGGAAACCAGAGCAUGUCCUCGAAGGUCCCACGUGGCAGCUAGUUGAUCCAGUACGACCAGGUCCCUCUGGCUCCUUUUCAUCACCUGGGCUUCACUCCCACCACGGCCAGCUCCUACCUUCCCACUCCCCCAUCAUUCCUGGAGAGGACAUGCCAUCUGUUCAAAAGGUCUAUAUCCCUCGCCCUUCCCAGGUUUCCUUAAAACAAGCUGAGGAAGUGCACAAGAAGGAGAAGAAACCUCAGAAACCAGGCAAAUACAUCUGCCAGUACUGCAGCAGGCCCUGUGCAAAGCCAAGUGUGCUCCAGAAGCAUAUCAGGUCCCACACGGGGGAGAGGCCAUACCCUUGCAUUCCAUGUGGCUUUUCUUUUAAGACUAAGAGUAAUUUGUAUAAACAUAGGAAGUCUCAUGCUCAUCGAAUAAAAGCUGGGCUGGCCUCAGGGAUUGGAGCAGAGAUGUAUCCGUCGAGCUUGGAGAUGGAGAGGAUUGGUGGGGAGGAGUUUGAAGAGCCAACAGAAGGAGAAAGCACAGAUUCAGAGGAGGAAACAGGCACCAUGGCAGGCCAUUCGGUUGAACUCUCCCCCCGGCAGAAGCACACCCUGUUGUCCAGCAGUUUGCUGAGUGGAGGGAGCCAAGGCUCCAGCCAUGAGCGGUGUUCAUUGUCUCAUUCCAGUAUGUCCCAGUCCCUUGAGGACAGCACCCAGUUCGUGGAGCCAUCAGCAGACCACGCUCUGAGCCAUAAACCCGAGGACACCCACACCAUCAAGCAGAAGCUCGCGCUGCGCCUGAGCGAACGCAAGAAGGUCAUAGAUGAACAAGCUUUCCUGAGCCCUGGCAGCAAAGGGAGCACUGAGUCAGGCUACUUCUCCAGGUCUGAGAGUGCAGAGCAGCAGAUCAGCCCCCCAAAUACUAACGCAAAGUCUUACGCAGAAAUCAUCUUUGGGAAAUGUGGGAGAAUUGGGCAAAGGACUUCAGCAUUGGCUGCAAACACCACCCAGGGGUUUCCACACCUGUCCACUGAGGAGAAACCUAGCAUGGUCCCCUUAUCUGUGCCUAGAACACAGGUGAUCGAACACAUCACUAAGCUAAUUACCAUUAAUGAAGCUGUUGUAGACACCAGUGAAAUAGAUAGUGUUAAGCCUAGAAGAAGCUCUUUAUCUAGACGUAGCAGCAUCGAAUCUCCAAAGUCUGGUGUAUAUAGAGAACCAUUUCAGUUCGAUAUCAAGUCUGGCUCCAGUAGCCAGUUGGAUGCAGCCAAAGUGUUGGCAUCCCAUGGUGAAAAAAUGAAGCCUGAACAAUCAUUGUUGUCACUUCAGCAAUCCCACAGUGCCACAGAGACAGUGCCUCUCCUAAGAAGCCACUCAAUGCCUUCUGCUGCAUGCACUAUAAGCUCCCCACACACCUUUAGAGGUAGCUACUCAUUCGAUGACCACAUCAUGGAGCCUGAAGUCUUAAGCCGCAGUCAAGCGUUUUCUUCCCAUCCUCGAAUGCUAAAACGACAACCAGCGAUUGAGCUCCCUUUGGGAGUGGAAUAUGUCUCGGAGGAGGUUAGCUCUGCAAACAAAGAGACUGUUUCCAAAGCUCCUGAGGAGCCUGAAGCCAAGGAAAGCGAUCUAACCAAAAAGUCACGGAAGGGGCCGAAGGCGAAAGGUUUCAUGUACGAGUGUAACGUGUGUGGUGCUCGGUACAAGAAAAGGGACAACUAUGAAGCCCAUAAGAAGUAUUACUGCUCAGAACUGCAGCUCUCAAAGCCUCGCUCUUCCACCUCCCAUACCUCCUCAGAGCCUGAGAAAAGUGCUGCAGAGCCUGACACGUGGCCCCAGAUGAUGCAUUACAAGCUGGGGAGCACUUUAGAGCUCACCCCGCUCCGGAAAAGACGGAAGGAGAAGAGUCUUGGUGAUGACGAGGAGCCUCCAGCUUUCGAGUUGUCUGACACCCCCUCCUCCAGUGCUGGGCCAGGGCCUCAGUUCACAAACCCAGCAUCAUCUGAUGUGGCUUUGAACCUAACCCGUGAAUCCCUGAAGUCACCAGCAGAGUCAGGUAAAUCUGCACCUCCUGACGUCAGUGCCACCUUCCAGCCCAGGAACACCAAACCUGCUUCGAGCCUGGAGGGCAAAGAGAGGAGAACAACCUCCAAGGAGAUCUCUGUCAUCCAGCACACGAGCUCCUUUGAGAAGUCUGACUCCCUCGAGCAGGUGAGCAGCUUGGAAGAAGACAAACCCUUGGCACAGUACUCAGCUCAGCCCACUGCCCAGCACAGCCGCCCAACUCACUCCCUGCAGCCCAAGCUGGUGCGUCAGCCCAACAUCCAGGUGCCAGAGAUUCUGGUCACAGAAGAGCCUGACAGACCAGAAACAGAGCCAGAGCCUCCUCCAAAAGAGCCAGAGAAAACAGAGGAGUUUCAGUGGCCUCAGAGGAGCCAAACCCUUUCCCAGCUCCCUGCAGAGAAGCUGCCACCCAAAAAGAAGCGACUGCGGCUGGCAGAGAUGGCUCAGUCCUCCGGAGAGUCCAGCUUUGAAUCCGUCUCCCUCACCCGAAGCCCAAGCCAGGAGAGCAGCGUAUCCCACGGCUCCAGCCACUCUGUCUCAUUUGAUCGUGAUGAUCACAAGGCAGAGCCAACCAGCCAACCCUCAGAAUCCCACCCAAAGCCUCCUGGCUCCCAUAUGCUGAUGGUACCAAGCCACCAUCAUCAUUCCAGGGAAAUGAGGAGAUCUGCUUCUGAGCAGACCCCCAACGUGUCCCACCCUUCCCAGAUGUCCGAGACCCGCAGUAAAUCCUUCGACUACGGGAGCUUGUCGUCCACUCCUGCCACAACCCCUGGACCCUCAACCUCCACAGCUCCACAGGAGAGGAGGAAAUGCUUUCUGGUCCGGCAAGCUUCCCUCACCAGACACCCAGAGCACGAGCCAGACCCAUCCCCACCGACAGGCUGGCCAGAGGCAGAAGAUCCAGCUCCUUCGUCAAGUAAAUCUCCUUCCACAAGUUUGCCCCAUCAGCCAACCUCUUCAUCCCCUUUGCCCUCUCAUGGCACUUACCCAAGUGAAAAGAGUCAGCCAAAAGACAGCCCUGAGCCAACAUACACUCCACCAUACACAGAAGCUCUGCAGGUGUUCCACCAUCCUGUCCCACAGCUAACCCUGCAUGAGAAGCAGUUCAUGGCCCCACAGGUUUCCAUAUUCCCCUACCAGCACCUCCUGCCUCAGCCAGGGCAGUCUGCAGAGCUCUUUGCUGCACACACAAUGUCUGACAUCCUCUCUGCUCAGUUUUCCAUGCCUCAGAUCCCUCCCUCCAUCUUCCAGACCCCACCACUGCCUCUCCCUCAGACACUCAUCCACCCAGGCUCUCUUCACAUUGCUCCUCCCUUAAUGUCUCACCCCGCUGAGGUGUCCUUCAGGCAUCCUUCAUUCCUUCCCGUGCACUACCCUGGCUCCUCUCCCAUCCCUUCAGCCUUCUUUCUGCCUCUUCAGUCUCAAUUUGCUCUCCACUUACCAGGUGACGCUGGGGGACACUUACCACAGCUCAAAUCCACUUUGUUCCCAGCAGCAGGAACCUCCAGCCUUUCCCCGUGCUCAGAAUAUGACUCAGACAGUAGGUUAUGCCCUCUGACCUGCACAACAAGCCCAUCCGUGUCCGUGACCGUGACCCAGCUGGUCGUUCCUCCACGCUCAGAGCCGAUGGUGUCACUGGUCGUCCCAGUUCGCAUACAGACCAACAUGCCAUCCUACGGCAGCGCCAUGUACACCACGCUCUCCCAGAUCCUGGUCACUCAAUCCCAGUGCAGUUCCUCUACUAUUGUCCUCCCCAAAUUCGAUGAUCACCAACCCAAGGGUGCCCUAGUGUGCAGUGCUGAUGUUCAUGGACUGGGGUUUGAUCUGGCACAGAUGAUCACAGAGGAUCAGAGAAGCAUCUUCCAGAGCCCCUACCUGAGGGUACCCUUGCCCCUACCAGAGCGAAAAGGCUACAUGCCACUCACCUGCCCAUCAGACAGUGUUCUUGGCCUGGAAGGAGGCUCAUCAACAGUUGGUGGAAGUAAAAGGAUGCUCUCUCCAGCUGGCAGUUUGGAGCUGACCAUGGAAACACAACAGCAAAAGAGAGUGAAAGAGGAGGAAGUGUCUGAAGCAGAAGAGAAGUUGGAAGUGGUGAAACCACCCAGUGCAAUAGAGGAAGGCAAAAAGCAGGAUAAACCUCACUAUCUUGCAGAAAGCCAAGACAGGGUUGAGGUUGAAACACCACCUAGUUUGUCCACAGAGCAGUCAGAGCCAAAGGAAAUCCCAAGCAGUUCGCAGCAAGCUGUGUCCCAUUCAGGUUCUCCAAGCUUUGAGGCACUGGAGGAGUAUGAGCAGCCAACUGGCAAGCAGUUCCUCAGCAAGGCACCUUUGCAACCUGUGAAGAAAGAAGACUCCAAAGAGCAGGGGGAGCAAUCUCCACCCAACCCUGCAAGCACUGCCCCUCUGCCUGAGGGCACUCCCAGUGCAAUGAAGUCUCGAGAAGGUACAGACACCAAGAAGGUACUUCAGUUUCCAAGUCUCCACACAACCACUAAUGUCAGUUGGUGCUAUUUAAACUACAUAAAGCCAAAUCAUAUCCAGCAAGUGGAUCGAAGGUCUUCGGUGUAUGCCAGCUGGUGUGUUAGCUUGUAUAAUCCCAACCUUCCAGGUAUCUCCACUAAAGCAGCCCUGUCCCUCCUGAGGUCCAAGCAGAAGGUGAGCAAGGAAACCUACACCAUGGCUACUGCUCCACGCCCAGAGGCAGGCAGGCUUGUCCCAUCCAGCUCCAGGAAGCCAAAAAUGACAGAGGUAAUGCAAUCCUAUCUAUUUCUCCUCAUCCAUUUGGAUACAUGGGAAGAGGGGGACGAGGGAUGGGGAAUUGCUGUUCUUAGUUUGAUAGGAGUUUAUUCCUCCCUCCCUGGGCCUGGGAAACACUUGUUCUCAGUGAAGCUGUUAGAGUGA